AUGCCGUCUAUCUCUGGGAAACUCUUUCUAUACAUUCCCCUGGAUAUUUCUGUCAAAGCUAUCGAGGUGAAAAUAGUAGGAAGCUUGAAAAUACCACGCCCUGAGAUCAUCGCGGGACCCUGCCAGGGUGGCACUACCGUAGAACGCAGCCAAACUUUGGCCUCGUCGAGAGACAACUCAUUCCGACUACCAAGGGGAAGGUAUGAGUUUCCGUUCGAGUUGCCUCUUGCCCGAGAAAUGAUGGAUACCGUCACUGGUGUGGGGCACGAGUAUCAUUCCUACGAAGUCCGGGGUGUUGUUCAUCGGCACUUCUAUUCAGAUAUCGAGUCGUCCUCUCCGCUUAGGAUUCAUCGGACCCCCAACGUCUUUUAUGCGAACCUGCUCGAUCAAGUCGUGCCGGUGAGUGUUUCUCCCACUACCCCCUUUCGCUUACCUCCCAGGAUAAUCGAAGAGCAUCUGAACGAGAGACUUAAUCUCCGAUACCGAAUCUCGAUCCCCAUGCACAUCCCUUUCGGAGCAAGCUUUCCCCUACAAGUCGAAUAUUCCUCGCUAUCGGACCAGCCGCAGAAAGGUCAAUCGCGAUCUGAUAUCCACCCCCGCAGCAUCACCAUCCACAUCACCGAGACCCAUGCCCUCAAAGUCACGCCCACAGCUUCGGAUGCAAUAAACUACAAUAACCCCCUACCUCUUAUUUUUCGGAAAGAGCAUGUCAUACUUCACCAGAGCUACACGGUCCAACCACCUGCAAGAGCCCUCUUGCCCGAGUCUUUAGACUUUGACUACUCUUCAACAAUACCCGUUCACCUUCCACAGGAUUUCCACGCCUGCACGCAAGACGUUCAGUCGGAGCUGAUCAAGGUGCAUCAUAAUCUACGUUACAACGUUGAAUUCGGACGCGAACGCGAGGACGAAACAGAGUCUUCGCAACAGAACAAGUCGCGAUGCGGUGUCAGCCUAAACGAACCAAGAACUAACCGUGCAAACUCCAAACACAGUUCACAGGGACCAUUCCGUUCGGAAUAUACAUGUCCCCAUACAGAGAGAGCAUUCUCAUCCCCAUCAUCUGUCAGGAAGUCCGCCAACCUAGCAGUAAAAGCAAGUAUAUCAGAGAGGAUUCUAAGAUAUUAUAAUUAUACGGACACUGAUGAAGAUGAAACUCGCGCUCGGGCAGAUACAAGCGCAGAGAUGGUGAUUAAGGCCAUGGAAGAGGCUGCGAUGCAAUUGUUGGAUAGGUCCUGA